AUGUCUACCAUUCUUCAAGCAUCAAGAUUAUUAUCACGAAACAUAAGUUCGUCCAUGUUUAAAUUGCCGGUUCGAACACAUGUUAUUGAACAUAAUGCACCUAGAGGUGUACCUCAAAUCGAAGUUACUUUUGAUAUUGAUGCCAAUGGUAUUGUAAAUGUAUCGGCACGUGAUAAAGGAACCGGAAAAGAACAUCAAAUUGUUAUUCAAUCUAGUGGUGGUUUGUCCAAAGAUGAUAUCGAAAAUAUGAUCAAAGCUGCGGAAAAAUUUGCCGAAGAAGAUCGUAAAAAACGUGAAAUUGUUGAAACAGUUAACCAAGCUGAAGGCAUUAUACAUGAUACCGAAAGUAAAAUGGAAGAAUUUAAAGAUCAAUUACCAAAAGAAGAAUAUGAAAAAUUGAAAGAAAAAAUUGCCAAAACUCGUGAAGUAUUGGCCAAUAAAGAUAAUGAAACGCCGGAAAAAAUUAAAGAAACCUGUAAUGAUUUACAACAAUCAUCAUUGAAAUUAUUCGAAAUGGCUUAUAAAAAGAUGGCUGCUGAUCGUGAAUCAUCAUCAUCGCAAUCAUCAUCAUCAUCAUCAUCGGAUUCGACGACAAAAGAAGAUGAUACAAAAGAUGAUACAAAAAAAGAAGAAAAGAACUAAAAAAGAUGCCACUAUAUAAUUGAAAUAAUCAAUUUUUUUUACAAACAAAAUAAUCACUUCUCCAUAUAUAACAUGUGUAGAUUUUUUUUUCUUCUUCUUCUUCCUUUCAUCCAGAUCAAAUAAUCGUAGAAUUUCUUUUUCUUUUUUUUUGUAUUUGUUAUUAGGAUAUAUGUCUCAUAUAUAAUUUUGUUCCGGUUUUUCUAUUUCAUUUA